AUCUUGGGGCCCUUGACCUCACCAACAAAGCCGGGCUCACCGCGGAUCCACGGCUCCCUCUCCACUAAGUUUUUAGCCACCUGAAAACAAAAAAAAACGACAAAAUCAAUUGAGCAAAGAGUCCACCGAACACGGGGGAACGUUCAAAUUUUCGCUGCCCGAAUUUAUUCCGACCUCUCCUUAUCUUUUUAUCGAGGAAACCACAAAACCCGGCGGUCAGCAUCUGCAUUUGAGCGGUGACCUCAUUCUUCAAAUCAACAAAACUUCAUCUCCCUCUCUCCUCUUCACAUUCACCCACACCUCUUCAUCUUCUCACCUCAUCUCAACACCUUGAUACCCUCUUCAUCCUCAUCUUCCUCCCUUUUAUCCUCCUUGACACACAAUCACAACCGCCAAAAUGACACAACGCCUAAAGCUCAACAGCAGCAACCUCUCCGCUAUUGCGUCACAGCAGGGAGACCAAAAGGUCAAGGUCCCCUCCUACGACCGCAAGUCCCUCAAGGAGGGUAUCGUCCACGUCGGAGUCGGUGGUUUUCACAGAGCGCAUUUGGCCGUCUAUGUCGACAAUCUGCUCGAGAAGCACGGUGAGCGCGAUUGGGCCAUCUGCGGUAUCGGCCUGCGACCCAACGAUGCCGCCAUGCGCGAUGUCCUCAACUCCCAAGACCAUCUCUACACAGUCAUUGAGCGCUCCGCAAAGGGCAGCUUUGCCGAUGUCGUCGGCAGCAUCAACUCCUUCAUUUUCGCACCCGAUGACCGUGAGGCUGUCAUCGCAAAGAUGGCUCAUCCCGAUACACACAUUGUUUCUCUCACUAUUACUGAGAGUGGCUACUACUACAACGAGAACACCCAUCAAUUGAAGGACGAGCACCCCGACAUUCAGCACGAUCUCAAGGCCGAGAACGAGAACGCCCCCAUUAGCACUUUCGGCUUCCUCUACGCCGCUCUGGCCAGACGUCACGCUGAGGGCCGCAAGCCCUUCACCGUUCUGUCAUGUGACAACAUGCAGAAGAACGGAACCAUCACCCGCAACAUGCUCACAUCUUUCGCCAAGCUCCGCAACCCUGAGCUUGCCAAGUGGAUCGACGAGGAGGGAGCUUUCCCUAACGCCAUGGUUGACCGCAUUACCCCCAGCACUUCUGAGAAUGACAUCAAGUCGCUCGCUGAGAACUUUGGCAUUGAGGAUGCUUGGCCCGUUGUCACCGAGCCUUUCAUGCAGUGGGUUGUUGAGGACAAGUUCGCCGAUGGACGUCCUCCCUUUGAGAAGGUCGGUGUCCAGGUUGUUCACGACGUGCACGACGUCGAGCAGUUUGAGAAGCACAAGCUCCGUCUCCUCAACGCCAGUCACUCCGCCAUGGCUUAUCCCGGACAGCUUGCUGGCUUCAAGUACGUCCACGAGGUCAUGGAGCACCCCAUCUACCGCAAGUUUGUCUGGCAGAUGAUGCAGGAGGAGGUCAAGCCCCUUCUCCCCGAGAUUCCCGGUGUCGAUAUCGACCAGUACUGCAACACCUUGAUGGAGCGAUUCUCCAACCCCACCAUCAUGGAUCAGAUUCCCCGUGUCGCUCUCAAUGCCUCCGGCAAGAUCCCCCAGUUCAUCAUGCCCUCCAUCGCCGAGAACAUCUGGGUUACUGGCCCCUUCCGCCGCUUGUGUUUCGUCGCAGCUGCCUGGUUCAUCUACAUCAACGGAGUAGACGACAAGGGCAACACCUUCGAGGUUGACGAUCCCAUGCGUGAGAAGCUUCAAGCUCUGGCCAAGGAGGGCGGCAAGGAUCCCCGCUCUAUCCUCAGCGUCCGAGAGCUGUUUGGUGACGAUUUGCGAGGUGACCAGCGCUUCCUGGAUGAGGUGACCAAGGCUAUGGAGCUCAUCACCAAGGACGGUGUGAUGGAGACCAUCCCCAAGUAUGUCAACUAAGGGAUAUCGGCGGCGUUACCUAUCGACUUGUUCUGGGCAGGGAAAAUUACAGCGAAGCGAUGAUGAUGAUCGGUUAAUGAAUGACUUUGAGUUGGUGAGCUAGGUUAGACGCGGAUUUGUAUACCGUCUUAGAAGGCACACCUCAGAUAGACAUCAAGGGCAGAUGCCCAAAAAGUUUUAAUGAUUAUGCCAUGAUUUGAUGAA